CGGGAGGCGCCAACGGCCGCGGAGCCGCCGCCUCAAGGCGCCGCCCCGCCAGCCAUGGCCGCCGCCCGCCUGUGGCGGCUGCGGGGCGCCGUUACCGGCCGCUGCGCCGCGGCCUGUGGUAGCGUCGCCGCGGGAGCCGGGCGGCCGCCGGCGGCGGAGAAGCUCACCGCCAGGCGGCAGGCGGACGGCGUCCGAGACAUUGUCUUGAACAACCCAAAGAAGAGAAACGCUCUGUCGCUGUCCAUGCUGCAGGCGCUUCGCGAGGACCUCCUGCACGACAGCAAAAGCAAAGAGCUCAGAGUCAUCAUCAUUUCAGCUGAAGGACCCGUAUUUUGUUCUGGUCACGAUUUAAGGGAACUCUCAUGUGAAGAAGAUGUGAAGCAUCAUUCCAAAGUAUUUGAACUUUGUGCAGAGGUUAUGACUUUAAUCCAGAAACUUCCAGUACCUGUGAUUGCCAAAGUAAACGGCUUGGCUACAGCAGCAGGCUGCCAGCUAGUGGCAAGCUGUGACAUUGCAGUGGCAAGUGAGAAAUCCCAAUUUGCUACUCCUGGAGUAAACAUCGGGCUGUUUUGCUCCACACCAGGUGUGGCCUUGGGCAGAUCUCUUCCAAGAAAGGUGGCAUUAGAGAUGCUUUUCACGGGUGAGCCUCUUUCUGCCCAAGAAGCAUUAAUGCACGGGCUUGUCAGCAAGGUGGUACCGGAAGACAAGCUAGAAGAAGAGACCAUGAAAAUCUCUCACAAGAUAUGCAAAAGCAGCAAGUCUGUCCUGGCAUUGGGGAAAGCCACCUUUUACAGACAGAUGACACAGGACCUUGAUACUGCUUAUAAAAUGACUGCCCAGGUCAUGGUAGACAAUUUGACUUUGAGAGAUGGGCAGGAAGGUAUUGAAGCUUUUAUUCAGAAACGUAAGCCUGUCUGGUCACAUUCGCUGGACAAGAAGAAAUGAAUCCUGUUGCUAAGCUAAGCUUAGCUGCACUUCAUAAUUCUCCAUGUAGUUGCCUUUGGGAACUAUACUUUUGCUGUUAUUGAAAGUAAAACUUCUCUUCUUAUCUAUGCCAAAGCCACAAUAAAUUCUUAUUAAGUAUAUAAUAAAUUAAAAAAAUAAAUCAAACCAAAUGGGCCUUUUUAGCAGUGAAACUCAUCUAAUAAUAAGUUUGGUAUGUUCCAGAUUACUUAGGGCAUCACAGGGAUCAGAAGAGUGCUCAGACCACCCUGUUCAGUACCUGUCCCCCUAGUUCUAGAUGAGAAUUUCCAUUUUUUGUUAUUAAUGGAGAAAUAAAGGGUUUGGAUUAAUUCUAGAGAGGACAGUUGCACACAAAUAUAUCGUAACUGAUUCCACUGUUAAUGCUGUGCAGUAUGAUACAGACAAAAGCCUACAAGUGAAGCCCAUUUCUCCAUUAGAAUGUAUCUGUUUAUGAACCUUAUGUACUAUUCAUUUGUCUCCCGCAGCAAAUGCUGUUUUUUUCCCUUUCAGUUCAAACUAGUCUCUGCCUGUUCCAGCUCUACAGAAUUUUGCUGGUGACUCCAGUGAGGCCGAGCAUGGCUUGGGGAGUUCAGUAUUGCAAAGGGCACACUGCAAAAGCCACUGCCUGUAGGCUUCAGCAGAGAAUCUCACCUGGUAGUGUUUGGACUGAGCCAUAACUUUCAAGAUAUGUCUUCAGUUUAUCACAGAAUCAAAGGCACAAUGGCUGGAAAGUCCAGCCUCGUGCUCAAAGCAGGACUUCUACCAGUACUGGAAUAGGUCAGUCACAGGUUUGAGGUCGUGACAACCUCCAAGGAGGGGAUUCCACUGCCCCUCUGGGUAAACUGUUCCAGUGCUGUGCAACACUCCUGGUGGAAAAGCUUUUUUCUUAAUGGGCGGUCUGAGCCUCUGAAACAUCAGGGUUUGGCCAUUAAUCCUUGUUACAUUAUCUACCAUUACUAAGAAAAUUUCAUCUCCAUCCUCUUUGUAACUGCUCUUCAAGUAGUCACAGGCUGCUGUUAGACCAGCCUUAGACUCCUUUAUGCUGGACUAGAGAAGUCGCUCAGCUCUCUUUGGAGGUCAUGUUCUCUAGGUUACCAUCUAGGUAGUUCUCCACUGGACCCUUUCCAGUUUCUGAACAUCCCUUUUGCACUUGAUGUACCCAAACUGACACUAUUCCAAAUAUGGCCUCACCGGUGCUGAGCAGGGGGAAUAAAAAAAUUCCUUCAGAUCUGCUGGGCACUUUCAGCCAGUCAGUAUUGCUCAGGAUGCAUUUUGCCUUAUUUGUGAUGAGAGUGCACUGUUGGCUCAUGUUCAGUUUGGCAUCCACUGUAACCCCGUUUCACUUCUCAGCAGGACUGCCACUCAGCCAGUUGGUUCCCAGCCUGUACUGGUGCAUGGGGUUGUUCUGCCCCAGGUGCAGAACCUUGCAUUUCUCCUUAGCUUAUGCAGGUCCUUCUUGAUCGAAGCUGGGCCAUUCAGUAUGUCAGACAUUCCCCCAAUUUAGUAUCGUCUGCAAAUUUGCUGAGGGUAUUAUCAAUGAAGAUACUGAAGAAUAUGGGCCUCUGUAUCAAUCCAUGGGGAUCACCAUGGGAAGGCAUUUCAGCAAAGAUGGUUUUUGCGGAGGUUCUACAUAGUCCAAUCAUAAAGGCUCAUCCAUUUCAUCCUUAAAUAGGCAUCUAAGAAAGAUCAGAUGAAUCACUGGAUGGAUAUCCCUUUUUCUCUUCAUUGACAGUAAAAGUAGAUGAAAGUGCUUAGCUCAGACUUAGAUGUCUUAAGUUAGGUCAGAUGAAUCCUACUUAGAGCUACUAAAACUCACAAUGUGAAGGUAUCAUGCAUCAAGAGGGAUUUUUUUAAAGUAUGUUUGCUCCUGUGUCUUGGUUUCCUGUUUGUAUGUGUGUCAGCUCAUUCCUCAGUUCUCCUCUGGAGUGAACUAAGUACCCAAUAAAGAUCUGGGAUAGUUA